CUCUCUCCUCUCACAUCUCCUCUCUCUCUCUCUACCCCUCUCUCUUCCUCCUCGUCUCUCUCUCUCUCUCUCUCAGCUCAUCUCUCUUCUCUCUCUCUCUCUUCCUCUCUCUCUCUCUCUCUACCCAGCCCUCGC